AUGCAGGAAUACACAGUCACCCCCUGGUCAAGCUGUACUUGCUACAUGCAGUGUGUGCCUGGUGUGAUGACAAGAAGCGUGACGUGUCCAGCAGGGGUUACAUGCCAGGAGCCGAAGCCCUCCACAGCACAGUCUUGCGUUUGCAAGCACUGCUCGGACUGCGACGUGCUCCCCUUCGUCCUCGCAACUGCUGCUGCAUACGGAACGACUGGCCUGGUGGCUUUUCUUCUCUGGCUGGGGUUCGUCGUCGUGGCGCAGCUCGAAGAGGAUGAUUACACCGACAUGUCGUGCGGCCUGAAAUGUCUGGGCUGCUUCUGCAAAUUCCUUCCCAUCGUGACAAAGAUCAUGACUUAUGCAACAAUGCUUCUUAUCAUCGUGCUGGUGGUGACUGCAUUGGUGCCAAUUGGUGAGAUUUACUCCGAUUGCAAGGGAAGUGUGACCUUCACUCAAUUAGCUAUCGGCGGCAUCGUCGUCUGGGUGGUGCAGCUGAUCGUGGGCGUUUAUAUGCAUCGCAACAAGCCAAUGCCACCAUGGCUGCACACCGCGCAGUCAUCUGGCGCACUGAAGCUUAUUUGCAAGCCACUGAAUGCAGUGGGACCAUGA